AUGUCUAAUCUACUACGCCUAACAAGAAAAUCGAAGCAGCUCGGAUUGCAUAACUCAGAAAGAGUUCGAAAAGUCACCGAUCGAGGGCAGGCUAAUUAUGACUUGGCGAAUAGUUAUCAUUCUCAAAGGCACCUUAAGGUUAAAUUCAAACCCGAACCGGUUCCCGACAACUAUGAAGAUGAGAUCGGCAAAGCGCUUGACGAUGCGAAAGAAAUCAGUGUUCUAGAUCCAACCAGGAAAUACCUCCCCAGACACAAGCUCCCUGAAAUUCUAAAUCCAGAGAGGGUUCGAACUAUCUUGAGUUUACCAGACUUCGAAAGAUGUCUCGAUAAAGAUAAGCUGAUGGAAGACAUAUUGGGCCGACGGCAGCUUCUAAAGCUGUUGGCGGUGCUAAUUGGAAUUAACAAAACGCGGGAGCUUCUCAAAUAUGUUGAAGAUGGAGUGGACGAUCGAUGCCUUCCGAUGUCUUUAGAUGCCUCACAAAAACCCUUUUGCCAACUUCAUCAGACACACCACAAGACACUCCACGCAUAUCUUCGGGACGAAUUUAGAGAUCAUUUCUCUUCGUGGUCUUACUCCCUGAGCGCCCCGUACAUGAGCUACGCACCGAAUCUCCACUCCCACUACGUGUUGAAUCCUUGGGAUGUAUUCCCUAUGAAAGGAAAGAAAAUGCACAAGAAAUCGAUAACUAUGAAAAACGGCAACCCAAUGGAACCACUGCCUCCUGAUGUCAACUUGGAUGGCGGUUUCAGUGAAGUAUAUCGAGUUGUUAUCGAGGCGAGUCAUCACAACUUUGGACAGCUUGGAAUACGCCAUCCCGAUGGAAUUUUUGCGUUAAAAAAACUUAACACCAAUAGCGAAGAAGAGUUUAAUAUGGAAUUAGCCUCUCUACUAUUCUCUAUGGAUAAAGCCUCUGGGAAGCCCGCGAGCAAGCAUCUAAUUCAACUCUUGGCUACAUUUGAAGUCUCGGACCCAAAUUCCGAAGACAAGUGUCCGACGUACUACUUGCUUUUUGACUGGGCCGAGGGAAACCUCCCACAGUUCUGGGAAAGAAUGGAAGAGGUUUAUGUUAGGAAUAGGAGUCACUGCAAAUGGAUGUCCCUGCAAUUUCACGAGAUCUGCUUAGCACUUCAGUCCGUACAUAACGAACGUGAAAGAACUUUGAAGUUCAUCAACGAGAGCGAUAGUCUUGACCUAUACGGACGGCAUGGUGAUAUCAAGCCAGACAACUUCUUAUGGUUUCGCCCUGAACAAUCAUCAGAUUUACUUGCCCUAUCUGAUUUCGGCCUAGGAAGACUACACACCCAGGUAUCCCGAUCCAACCAGAAUCCACAAAGUCUUGCUAGAACAGCAACCUACAUAGCACCAGAGUUCGACCUGGAGAAUGGUAUGAUCUCCCGUGCUUCCGACAUAUACAGUCUAGGGUGCGUAUUUCUUGAAUACGUCACUUGGUUCUUGCUAGGCUACGACAGUGUUAUAAAGGACUUCCCGGAUCAAAGGAUGGAUAAGGACAUUUUUGCUGGAUGGAAAUCAGAUAAGUUCUUCAUGAUCGAAGUCGACGAGAACGGAGCUCAAACUCCUAUCAUGAAACCACAGGUCCGAGACUGGAUCUCUAAACUGCAGAAGCACGAUGAUUGCAGCUGGUACCUUCACCAACUCCUUGAGAUAAUAGGGGAUAAGAUGCUCGAGCCAGAGCGAGCAAAGAGGAUCGACAUCGCAAGUCUUGCCGACGAGAUGAAUAAGCUUCGAAGAGCAUGCGAGGGCGACGAGUCAUUUUACCUAGAUGCUAAGCUAAAGCGCUAG